GCUGUUGAUACUGCUGGUCUGAAGCCCUGAGGAGAGAAAUGGCAAUUCCUGGCUCCGGCGUAUCCAGUCGAGAAGUAGAAUUGCAGUCUGGUUAACUGCCACCUUUCUCCAGAAUUCCUUUAAUUCUGCUCAGGUCUUCACUGUGACCGACCCCCAUUCACUUCCAUUUUUCCCGAAGGUAAAUCUCGGGCUCAAACCUGAGUAAGCACUCGGAGACUAUGUCUGCAGAACUCAAUUCAUCCACAAGAGAGGAGGGAAGUCCUGGCACAGGACCUAGUUUCAGGUCCCAUCAAAGGAUGAUAUUAAACCUGCUCCUGGAGAGAGACACAUCCUUUACUACCUGUCCAGAUGUCCCAAGAACGCCAGUGAACAGUCUCUUUGGUUAUUCUGCAAACCUAAGUAUUUUGUCUGGAGAAACCCCAAAACGUUGCCUUGAUCUUUCGAGCCUAAGCAGUGGCGAGAUGUCUGCCACUCAGCUUACCACUCCUACAGACCUUGAUGGAACUGAUAGGGUGAAGGCAGGUCCUUUGGAUUCUUCAGGACCUCAGGAAAUACAGUCAGCUUGGAUGAAUCAUCACCAGUGCCUUAUAAAAUGCAGCCCAGCACAACUGCUUUGUAGCACUCCGAAUGCUUUGGAUCAUGGCAAUAGGAAGAUAGAUGCAAUAUGUACCUCAUCCACAAACAAAGGAAACGACAAUGGAAACUUGGUGGAAAGUGAAAUGAAAUAUUUGGGCAGUCCCAUCACUACAAUUUCAAAAUUAGAUAAAAAUCCAAACCUAGAAAAAGACCAGGCAGAGGAGAUUUCAGAUGAAUUGAUGGAGUUUUCCCUGGAAGAUCAAGAAGAGGUCAAGGACUUAGUUCUAAAGAAGACAGUCUCUUGCUGUAACUUUAAUAUCACUCAGAUGCUGGAGGAAAAUUCUAAGCAGGGGUACCUGACCGGUGAUUUCUCCAAGGUAUGUGCGCUGCCAACUGUGUCAGGGAGACACCAAGAUCUGAAGUACAUCAACCCAGAAACAGUGGCUGCCUUACUGUUGGGGAAAUUCCAGGGUCUGAUUGAGAAGUUUUAUAUCAUCGAUUGCCGCUAUCCGUAUGAGUACCUGGGAGGACACAUCCAGGGAGCCUUAAACUUGUACAGUCAGGAAGAACUAUAUAACUUCUUUCUGAAGAUGCCUAUUGUCCCUUUGGAUGCCCAGAAAAGAAUAAUUAUCCUAUUCCACUGUGAAUUCUCCUCAGAGAGGGGUCCCCGAAUGUGCCGCUCUCUGAGAGAAGAGGACAGGGCCCUGAACCAGUAUCCUGCACUGUACUACCCAGAGCUGUAUAUCCUCAAAGGGGGCUACAGAGACUUCUUUCUAGAAUAUAUGGUGCUGUGUGAACCACAGAGCUACUGCCCUAUGCAUCACCAGGACCAUAAGGAGGAGCUGCUGAAGUGUCGAAACCAGAGCAAAGCAUGGGAAGGGGAACGGCAGCUGCAGGAACAGAUUGCCUUGCUGGUAAAGGAUGUGAGCCCAUGAUAGAUCAGUUGCUGGCUGCCUAGGAGUCACUGCAGACAUUGUAGAAACUCCAGGUAGAAACAGGCCAUCUUCUACAUGGCUACGCUCAAGAUUGUUAAAAGGAUAUCUGCAAAUCAGCAGGCUGCCAAAGUGAUGUAAUCCUAGAUCUUGGAAUUGCCUAGGUUUCAGUAGAGCUGCUGGCUGGUGGUGAAAUCCUGGAGCAGGCUCUGUAAGCUGUAGCUUCGGGUUGCACUGAAAUGUGUGUUGCUUCAGGGAGUGCUUGCACUCUCUAACUACUAGCGUCUUCUCACAAGCCAGCCAGCUCUUUUUCUCCCUGAGCUGCUGGCUAUGCAACACAUUUGACCACCUUCUUUUUCUGUAUUACCCUUGUUUC